GUAACCAGAAUCGAUAAAAUUGAAAAUGUCGGACAGUAAAAAUGACACCAAACAAGGAGACGAAAAAGAUAAAAGAGUAAAACUACAGGUGGAAGGUGAAGAUGAAUUGGUCGAGGGUGAAGGUGGCCGCAGGAAAAUGAAACGCUUCCAACUGCCAAACCUCCCACGGUGGUGGCAAGCCAAAAUCAUACAAUAUGCCUUCGCGCAUCCCCAUGUCCGCGCCCGCCUGGAGAAGCAUAUGGGCUCGAACCUGGUGCGGCUCACAGAUAAGAGCUACAUGACCGAGCUGGAAGAAAGGAUCCGUGCAGUCAACGAAGAAAACCUCAACAAGAGGAUAUCUAGUAGAGUCCUCGAUGAAAUGGAGAGAUUGAAGCGUCUCAUCCUAGUUGGGAAGACGCCGCUCAAGGAAUGUCCUCCUGAGUUGUAUAACCAUCCUGUUUUCGUAUUUUGGAGGAUGGUGAAUAGGGAGGUCGCCAAGGCGUCCAAGAAACGUGCGGAUGCUUACUACAGGAAACUAAAAGCUUCACAGAAAUUCGACCAAGCUCUUGAGGAGGAAGCAGAAGCUGAGGUAGCGGAAGAAGAAAAUGAACAAUUAAGCGCUGAACAGCUGCUCGCUAAAUGUCAUGAAGAAUUAGAGGAACUCAAACAAGCUGACAUCGAGAAAGGAGUGCGCUUCACAGACGAGCAAUUUGCCGUGCUGAAAUAUGAGACAAAUGAUGUUAAAACUUUGAAAAGCCUUACAACCGUAGAUGAAUUGUAUGCUCUGGCGGAUAAGAUCAUCGGCACAAAACGUUUAUAAAUAAAUAUCAACCAUAAAUAUUCAAUAUACCGUAAGCAAA